UCCUCAUAAACAAAUUAACAACUUUAGCUAAUUAAUUUCCAGGUACGAUCCAAGUUUUGUUUGGUGGGAGAGAAAAAUAAAAAAAUGGCAUCAAAACAGGAAAGGAAAGAACUUGACCAAAGGGCAAGGGAGGGAGAGACUGUUGUAAAAGGCGGAACUGGUGGGAAAAGCCUGGAGGCUCAGGAACACCUUGCUGAAGGACGCAAGAAAGGCGGGCUUAGCACCAUGGACAAGUCUGGAAAAGAGCGUGCUGCUGAAGAAGGGUUUCGGCUUGAUGAAUCCAUGUACAACAAAACAAAGAAUAAUUAGUGAUAUAUAUUUUCUAACUGGCUAAUAACAAGUCAUAUAGCCUAUGUCUUUUCUGUGGUUUUUGGUAGGUGUAGUUGUAGUUGUGGUGUAUUAGUUAAGUCGAAGAAGUAGGAAAUGGUAUGGUUUUUGGUGUUGUUUCUGGUUGUGUAUUUGUGUUGAAGAAGUGAAUGUCUUUUGAAUCCUAUCUAAAUGUAUGUAUUCUAAGCUACAUUUUGCUUUUUGUUGGGGUGCUUAUCAAUAUGUUAUGUCCUACUGUUUUCCUGAAUAGUGCCCCUUGUGUUUGUCAGGUACGUUAUUAAAAUAAUAUCAAGCUUUCUCUUUUCUUUUCUA